UCCGUGAGGGAAGCGAGCCGGCGGCCGGGAGGGAGCAGCGGGGCAUGACUCCCGCUGCAGCUUUUCCCUCCCGAGUCCCAGCUCCAGGGAGCCUGUGUGGCGUUUCUGUAUUAAAGCACAAACUGUAUGUACUGUGUUGCAGUGUCUGGAUUCUUUUGAAGAUGGGCAAGGUGUGUGCUGUUUUUGGAGGAUCCCGUGGGAUAGGCAGAGCUGUGGCAGAGCUCCUGGCGCAGAAGGGCUGCCGCCUGGCCAUCCUUGCCAGGAACCUGGACGUGGCCCAGAGCACUGCCCGUCACCUUGGUGCAGGACAUCUGGCACUUAGCUGUGAUGUAUCCAGUGAACAAGAAGUCCAAAAGGCUUUUGAGGAGGUGCAGAGGAAUUUGGGUCCUAUUAACUACUUGGUUAAUGCAGCUGGGAUCAACAGGGAUGGUUUGCUACUGAGAACCAAGACUGAAGAUAUGAUAGCCCAGAUUCACACGAACCUUUUGGGAACAAUGUUGACAUGCAAGGCUGCUCUAAAAGUCAUGAUUCAGCAGCAGGGAGGUGCUAUUGUCAAUAUAGGGAGUAUUGUAGGACUUAAAGGCAACCCUGGUCAAAGUGUUUAUAGUGCUACCAAAGCAGGAUUAGUUGGAUUUUCACGCUCUCUUGCCAAAGAAGUAGCAAAAAAGCAAAUUCGAGUCAAUGUUGUUGCUCCAGGCUUUAUUCACACAGAGAUGACAGCUCAUUUGGAAGAAGAUCAGCUGAAGAAAUCAAUUCCCCUUGGAAGAUUUGGAGAGCCUCAUGAAGUUGCACAAGCUGUUGUCUUUCUUCUAGAAUCCCCAUAUAUUACAGGGAGUGUUCUGGUUGUAGAUGGAGGCUUGCAGCUUAUGACCUAAGUACUGCCUUGAAUAAAUGCCUGCUUCAAUGUCAUGAUGGUAAUAUAUAAAUAUAUUCUAAAUAAAGGGAGAGGGUUGGAAAUCGUUUGAAGAUUGAUGUACAUAAUUGACUUGGUCUUUUUUAGUCAGAGGAGAAAUUCAGCAGCAGUGAGGUGCAAUGUGUGUGUUUAGCUGCCUGAAAGAGUCUGUUUGGUAUUACAAAGUCUGUGUAUGAAACAAUUUGAAAAAAGAUCUGGUUUUGAUACAAUGAUAGCUUUAAUAAUGUGUUGAUAUGUUUUUAAAGCACUGUAUUUUUAUAAAGUCCUGUUUGCUAAUUUGGGAUAGAAUGAGAUUUUAUUUGAAUUAUCAUGUUACACAAAGGUUAAUAAAGUGCAGAGAUAUGUUUA